GCACUGUAGAAAGAGGAAGAGUCGGCGACGCGUGCAAAACACGCCGAACUUUCAUUAUUUCAUUUAUUUAUAAAAACUAAGAAAAACAAUGGAUGACGGCGACUACGAUAACGAUGACGUCGGCGGCGACGAUUUCGACGAUGUUGACGAGGAUGUGGAUGAGGAUAUCAACCAAGAAGAGGAGGUAGACAACAUCGAAAUCAUAGCACCUGGUGGAGCGGGCGGGGGUGUGCCCAAGUCUAAGCGAAUCACCACUAAGUACAUGACGAAAUACGAACGAGCCAGAGUCUUGGGCACCCGGGCACUCCAGAUCGCCAUGUGCGCACCCAUCAUGGUGGAGUUGGACGGAGAAACGGACCCGCUGCAGAUCGCCAUGAAGGAGCUCAAGCAGAAAAAGAUCCCCAUCAUCAUUCGCCGAUACCUGCCGGAUCACUCCUACGAGGACUGGAGCAUCGACGAGCUGAUCAUGGUAGACAAUUAGCUAAGAUACAACUUUACACAAAUAUACAUAUACACUAAGAUUAAGGCUGAUUAAGCACAAA